AUGGUCACUCAGAUGAUUCAGCGAGCUGGAGUUCUGUGGCACCAGGAUGAUGUAUCGCCACCUCCACCGCUCCCUCAGAAGGAGCCAGUUACCAUUCCAUGGGGAUCCUGGGUGCACGAGAAGCCUGCCUCUCGACGCCGAUCUCGGGCUAGAGCAACAGUUGAGGGAGCUGGACCCUCUUCAUCAUCAGCCCCUGUAGGAGCAUCUACCUCAGUCGCAGCACUUCCUAUGCCACCACCGGCCGCACCUCAGCCGACUUACUUACUAGUUCAGCGUCUCUUCCGCUACAUGGAGCGCAAGUCUUUCGGUUCCGAUGAGGAGACCCAUGAGGAGGAGCAGCCCGAUUUACAUGAUGAGGAGACUCAUGAGGAGGAGCCGGUUCACGUGGAGGUACCACCUCAGACUCAGGAGACUCAGCCUCAGCCGGUACCACAGCUUGAGCCAAAGCCUACCGGUGUACCUAUCCCUGAUCCUCAGGAUUAG